CUUUCCCUAUCAGGAUGGCGUCACUGGGGACGGAUGGCAACCGGUCAAAAAUUCCACCCCUGUCCGGUCCCCCCAAUGCCGGGUGUCACCGCUGAAUGACCGACUCUGUUGUGGAGACACGUGCAGACUUCAAUCGAUAAUUCCACUGCAACGACAACAUCCAAGAGACCAAGACAGCGACAUCGCCAAACCCUUCAGCGUCACCGCAGCUUCGCUCAAUAUAUCCCAAAACAAUGUUCGGAGGCUUCCAACCGCCACAGCCCUCCCCGGAGGAGCUCCGCGCCGCCGAGGCCGAGGCGACCUUUACCGUUCAGCGCGCCAUCGCGACAGCCGCGGCGCUCUAUCUCUCCCCAUUCGUCAUCGACGCCGUCUGGAAGAUCUUUUAGACAGUCACGAUCUUAUGACGGACGACCGCAACUGUAUUACGACGUGUACAAUACAAAAUAAAGCCUUAAGCGACUUGAAGCCGUCUUAUCACUCAUAGAGAGCGCAACUCUGAUUGCCUGCCACGCGGGCUAUUGGGGGAUACAAAGGUAUCCAGUGCAUCUCUGGAAAAGGCAACUGGGAAACGAGCCUAAGGGUGCCCAGCUUGACGGUAUCUGGCUACGGACGGCGGAUAUCUACUCUCACUGUACAAUACACUACUUUUUUGGGCGUUUCAUUCAUAUAGGCGGCAUAAGGUAUCAUCCGGCAUAGACAGUCAUCGCAGGUUCACAUACGGAGAUACAACACUCCCAGAGUUUUGAGGAUCAGGUCAUACCCCAAGCAUGCUAUUAAUCAACAUGCGAUAAUACAACCGAUGCCAGCUUAACGCUCAUGGUAUCCAGAUCC